AUGUCGGACACGGUUUCUCAGCCACGGCAAAAAUCUCGGGCGCCCCGGAGUCAUCGACGUAAACGAGCAAAAGACCAGGAGGAUGAGAGGGGGGAAGUAAAAGAAACGGCUGUUGAACACGAUUACGAUAGGACACCAAAGGAGCCACGUUCAAAACGCGCAAGAACCAAUGGCAAAGGCAAAGAAAAGGAUCCCGAACUUGAGCUAGGCGAACUGCCCGAUGAAUUCAGUAGAUCGUUCGAGAUUGGCGACGAAUUCAUACCGUUUGCUAUCAGUGAUAAUGAAGCAGAAGCACCCAAAACGCAGGACUCCCAUCGCAGUAAUGUGGAAAUAACAAAAGAGAAGGCGCGAGAACGAGAAUGGGACAAAGGGAAACGAGAAACGCAUGGGGAUGGCUCGCGCGAUGGAGGUAGUCGGGGAACAAAACGAACGUACGAAAUGGUCUUUGAUGAUGAAGAUUUGCGGGAUCAUAGAAAACGCAGACAGGACUUUCCCUCCACUUCAAGAAAGGCUCCUUGGAUUGCCAAAGUCGACUGGGACAGCUGUCGCAAUGUUGCGGAGAUGUUGCAUUGCGAAGUUGAGGCAUUCGUUCGUUACAUGUCACCAACUGAAGUCGAGGAGGAAAUCCGAGGACUUGUAAUCACUCUAGUUUCGAAUGCGAUCACGAAUGCGUUCCCAGAUGCCCGGAUACUACCCUUUGGAAGCUAUGAAACCAAACUAUACCUCCCUAAUGGGGACAUAGAUCUUGUGAUCAAAUCAGAUUCGAUGGCCUACAGUGAUAAAGUGAAUGUUCUACGGACCCUCGCCAAUGUUAUCAAACGUGCGCGGAUCGCUUCCAAAGUUACCCUCAUCGCCAAAGCCAAAGUGCCCAUCAUCAAAUUCGUCACAAUCUAUGGCAGGUUAAACGUUGAUAUCAGCGUAAAUCAGGGUAAUGGCGUGGUCGCUGGCGAUAUCGUGAACGGUUUUCUCAACGGCAUGCGCGGGUGUGGGUUUGCGCUCCGGAGUCUCGUCAUCAUCGCGAAAGCAUUUCUAAAUCAGCGGGGGAUGAACGAGGUGUAUACCGGCGGUCUGGGCAGCUACAGUAUUGUCUGUCUAGCGGUCAGCUUCCUCCAGAUGCAUCCCAAGAUUCGCAGAGGGGAGAUAGAUGCAGAGAAGAAUCUUGGAGUUUUAGUUAUGGAAUUUUUCGAGCUCUAUGGUUGCUAUUUCAACUAUGAGGAAGUAGGAAUAUCCGUGCGUAACGGUGGCUCAUAUUUUAGCAAGAGACAGAGAGGAUGGUACGAUUUCACGAAGAGGAACCUCUUGUCCAUUGAGGACCCUACCGAUUCUUCAAAUGAUAUUUCCAAAGGCUCUUACGGAGUUGCGAAAGUUCGGCAGACUCUUGCAGGAGCCCACGGAAUCAUGACAUCAAUGGCCUUCCUGCGGGCUGGGAUCUUAGGUGCACGCAGGGAAGGGCGGACGUACCCUUUACGUGGACACGGAGAACCAGAAGACAUGAGCAUUUUGUCCAGUAUACUUGGCGUCACUCAAGAGGUAUAG